AUGGCACUUGAAGAUGUGGUGUUUCAACGAGAUUUGUUUAAUUAUGGUAACGAAGAUAUGUACAAUUUUCUAGGAGGGGAUUGGAGCUACGAAUGUGGUGUAAUGGAAAAAGAAGAGACAGAAAAUAAUCGCUAUGCAAAUUGGAACAUUUCAUCUCCUUCAAUGGUGCCACAUUUGGAGCAAUGGGGUCCUAAUUCUUCCCUAGGACCCGACAUAGAAAAUACAAUAUAUCCUGAAGAUUUCCAAGAGUUGGAUACCUCAACAACAAUGUCAGAUCGACCCCGGAGACGACGUUCGAAAAGCAAAAAGAAACAGGAAGAUAUUGAAAACCAGAGAAUGACCCACAUUGCCGUUGAGCGCAAUCGCCGGAAACUAAUGAACGAGUACCUCUCCGAGCUCCGAACACUAAUGCCAGACUCUUAUGUCCUCAAGAGCGAUCAAGCAUCAAUCAUUGGUGGUGCCAUUAAUUAUGUCAAAGAGCUUGAGCAACAGCUACAAUUCCUUGGUGGACACAAACAUAUAAACCAAAAGACUGACGCUGGCUCAUCUUCACCUUUUGCUGAAUUCUUCAACUUCCCACAGUACUCCACAAGUUUGACUAAUACAGCGAGUGAUGAAAACCACUCAUCCAUAGCAGACAUAGAAGUGACAAUGGUGGAGAACCAUGCCAGCCUUAAGAUAAGCACGAAAAGGCGGCCAAAACAGCUGCUGAAAAUGGUGUCUAGUUUACAAAGCCUUAGGCUAACAAUCCUCCACCUCAAUGUCACAACAGUUGAUCAAAUUGUCAUUUAUUCUUUAAAUGUCAAGGUAGAAGAUGACUGCAAGCUGACUUCAGUUGAUAAAAUAUCCACCGCUGCGUAUCAGACGCUCAAUAAGAUUCGGGAAGAGUUGAUCUUUGUUUAA